AUUGAAAUCGGCAUAAAAUGGGAGUCCCCGCGUUCUACCGAUGGUUAAGCGAGAAGUACCCACGGACCAUCGUCGAUGCCGUGGAGGAGAGCGUGAUGACAAUUGAAGGACGUAAGCGCUUCAACCUCAUUGACAUGGAAGCGGCGAACCCGAAUGGACAGGAAUUCGACAACUUGUUCAUUGACAUGAACGGCAUCAUCCAUCCAUGCGCGCACCCCGAAAAUGGCGAGCAACCUCGUACGGAAGAGGAAAUGUUCCUUCGACUCAUGGAGUACGUGGAUCGUCUGGUUGCGUGUGUACGUCCGCGCCGCUUGCUGUACAUGGCGAUCGAUGGGGUCGCGCCCCGCGCCAAGAUGAACCAACAGCGCUCCCGUCGUUUCCGGUCGGCGCAAGAAGCCAAGCAACAUGCCGAAGUCGACAAAGAAGUGCGGGAAUACAUGGAGCUCAUGGGUCAGAAGCCCCCCCAGAAGCAAACGCCUUGGGAUUCCAACGUGAUCACGCCCGGGACCAAGUUCAUGGCCAAGUUGUCCAAGUACAUGCGGUUUUACGUUCGCGACCGCAUGAACAAUUGCCCCGUGUGGAAGCAGUUCAAGGUGGUAUUCUCCGACGCGAGCGUGCCGGGGGAAGGCGAGCACAAGCUCAUGUCGUACAUCCGCACGCAGCGCAGCCAGCCCGGCUACGACCCAAACCAGCAUCAUGUGUUGCACGGACUCGACGCCGACCUGAUCAUGCUGGGGCUCGCGACCCAUGAAGCGCAGUUUUCGGUGCUGCGCGAAGAAGUCUUGUUCGGCAAGGCCAAAUGGGAAAAGGACCAAAAGAACAACCAGACCAAACUCGACGCGAACGGCGUGCCCGACGCCGUGGCGAAGCGAAAGCGCGGCGAGUUUGGCGAGCACGACUCGAGCACGGCGCCGUCGAACUUGAAACCGCUCCAGUUUCUCCACGUGAGCAUCCUACGCGAGUACUUGGCGAUUGAAUUCGAGCCCCUGCAAGCGAGGUUGCCGUUUCCGUACGACUUUGAGCGCAUCGUGGACGACUUUGUAUUUAUGUGUUUCUUUGUCGGCAACGACUUCUUGCCGCAUUUGCCAUGUAUGGACAUCCGCGACGGCGCCGUGGACUACCUCUUGCUCGUGUACGCCAAGUUGCUUCCUUCAUUGGGGGGGUACUUGACCAAACCUGGCGGCGACGUCGACUUGGACAAGGUGGACGUCAUCUUGGCCGAAGUCGGCGCCGUCGAAGAGAGCAUCUUCCAGCGCCGUGUGGCCAAAGAGCGCGAGAACACGAUGCGCGAUGCUAGGCGGCUCACCAGUGGCCAACGCGACCAAGUGAUGGCCACCGUAGCUAAAGAUGGCGCGGUGGCAGUGACAACCAAGAGGCUCAAGGGAGGCGAAGGUGCCGCAGUGGCCACCGCCGGGGACGACGACAACGACGACGACAGCACCAAGGUGCUAACGCCCGCCGAGCGCCAAGAAGCCAAGUACCAGAGUAUGCCCGUGGAACUGGCGUUGAAGUAUCGUAUUCAAGCUAAAGAAGAGGCCAAACUGGACAAACUCAAGGCGGAAAUCAAAGACCAUGUGCGGCUCGGUGAACCGGGCUGGAAAACGCGCUACUACGAAGACAAGCUCAAGGCCGACGACAUUGAAAUUGGUACCAUACUUGUUUCUACAGUGAUAAUCAUGUACAUAUGUGCAGGCGGCGGCCGGGAAAAAGUAUUUCAGUCGUACGUGGAGGGGCUGUGCUGGGUCAUGCGGUACUAUUACACGGGUGUGGCGUCGUGGCAGUGGUUCUACCCGUUCCAUUAUGCCCCGUUUGCAUCCGAUUUGAAAAAUAUUGAUCGGUUCAAGAUAUCGUUUGACGUUGGUCAGCCGUUUUGUCCAUUCGAGCAGCUCAUGGGUGUGUUCCCGGCCGACUCGCGCCAUGCUAUUCCAAAACCAUACCAGUGGCUGUUGACCGAUGCGGAAUCGCCCAUCAUUGACUUUUACCCCCAAGACAUUCCCAUGGACCCCAACGGCAAAGCCAUGCCCUGGUUGUGGGUGGUGCUACUUCCGUUCAUUGACGAAACGCGGCUCUUGGACGCCAUGCGGCCCAUCAACGACAAGCUCUCGGACGCCGAGAAGAAGCGGAACGAGCGCUUUGGAAAGGAAUUGCUCUUUUUCCACGCGUCGAUCGCGCCAGACCAUCCGCUGCCGUCGGCCGAAGGCCUGCAGUCGGUGGCUCUAACUCCGUCGACGUUUCAAAUGUUUGGGAACGUCCACUACGUUGAAUCGAGCGACUUUCCACUGCGAUGUACAGUGCCCAGUCCCCAAGCGUCCAAGCUGGAGCUGCAAGACGUCCCGAACAACCAAUGCCUGAGCUUUCACUUUGAAAUGCCCGCGGCAGGCCAGCAUCUGUCGGCGACGCUGGAAGGGGCGAUUGUGCCGCCGCCCGUGCUGGUGACUCCCGAAGACCGCACGAUCGCCGUGCCCAAGUUGGGUUUCAAGAGCAUUUCCAUCGUGGAUUUGGCCGGGGCGGCUGCCGGCGCGACCGCCGCGCGUCAACGUGGAGGCGGGUACCGGGGACCCUGGCAAGGAGGCGGCAACAACAACACCUAUCGCCCCCAAAACAACUACCAACAAGGCGGGUCGUACAGCCACCAGCAAAACAGCUUCAACAACUACCCACAAGGAGGACGCGGUGGCGGGCGAGGGCCCCCUAGUUAUCAUCACAACGCACCGCCGCAAGCCCCUCCUCCAUUUGGACGUCGUGUGAACGCGCCUCAAGGCGGGGGGUACUACCAAGGGCGGGGCGGCGGCCGAAGUCCACCUCGACGAGACUUUGGAGGAAGAGGUGGAGGCGGCGGCUACCAACCCGACUACAACCAGCGCCCCCCGCCCCGCGGGUACCCUCCGUACCAGCAACAGCGCGCCGACUUGGCGCCUGGCGUCCCGCGCGGCUUUGGCCCCCCUCCCGGGGCCGGCCUGCUCCCCCCCCCGCCCCCCGCCGGGCUCGCCCCCGGAGUGCCGCGGGGAUUCGGCCCGCCGCGGCCAAAUUUGGAUGCACUUCGUCAAGGGCUGCGCAACAUGCACGCGCAGCGCGAGACCAAACCGCACCAAGCGCAGCCGUCUCGACGAUACGAUCGUUAAUAGAGUUGUAUAUUUCUCUCCCACA